AACUCUUUUUCUCUUCUAUCACAAAAAAAAAUGGCUUCUUCUUCUCCCCCUCUGAUCGCUCCUUCAUCAAUAAACGUCAAAUCCCUGACCUCUAUCAGAUUCUCCAGGCCCACUCCACCGUCCAUCGCAACAUCAAAAAUUCAAUCUCCAAUCUCAACCACACAAAAACCCUUCAACCGCCGAGAUUUCCUUUCUCUCUCCCUCGUCGCCGCCGGCGCCGGAAUUAUAUCUCUUCCCGCCGCUCCAGCCAUUGCAAGCUCAACAGAUGAGUACGUGAAAGAGACAAAAGAGGUAAUAGAGAAGGUUCGGUCUACAAUAAGCUUAGAAAAGGGCGACCCAAAUGUGGCCGACGCCGUCGCCGGUCUUAGAGAGACAUCAAAUUAUUGGGUUUCGAAAUAUCGAAAAGAAAAGGACUUGCUUGGGAAACCUUCUUUCAGAGAUAUGUACUCUGCUCUUAAUGCAGUUUCUGGACAUUACAUAAGUUUUGGACCGACGGCGCCGAUUCCGGCGAAGAGGAGAGCAAGGAUUUUGGAAGAGAUGGAGACUGCUGAAAAAGCUCUGGUAAGAGGAAGAUAAAGAAAAAAGAUACCCUUCUUAAAACAAAAGUUGUCAAAUUAAUACCUCAAACACUACUCUAGAGUUGCUUUUUUUUCAUAUUUGGUUGAUAUUAAAGAUAUCAAUUUAAAACCCUUCGGCCAAAAUCGAAUUGUCCUGAUUUGACGAUUUUUC